AUAAACACACUUUGGGCACGUGAAUAAUUCUGGCUCACGUGACCCAGACUUUUAGUCAUGGCCGACGACUACAGACGACAAGGUUUCGAGCUGGAGAGAAGGAUAUUUGAGUUGGAUAUUAAGUGCUCGAGUCUCCGAACGGAAAAACAAGAUGAUGACUAUUUACAGAACGCGUCUGUCAUACUAGACAAGUUGAAAAGCUUUUACAGACAAGGAGGGGAAAGUAGCAGUCUUCCCAAGCUGCUCCAGGAUUACACACAGGUUAUCCUAGACAUCACAUUCUAUGAAGAGAAUAAACUGGUGGACCAGGAAUUCCCUGAGGACUGUUCACCAUUCAAAAUCCAGCAGCUGCUGCAGGACCUUACUGAGCCAGAGGUCUUGGCAGGGAGACUGGCACCGGCACAAGAGGUGCAGUCUGUGUUGGGCCUGGAGCUUUUAGAAUGCCUCUAUUGGAGACGUGGAGCACUGCUGUAUAUGUACUGCCACACCCUUCACCAGCGUAAACAGUGGAUCAAGAAGAACAAGGACACAUUCCUCAAGUGUAUUCAGGAGGGUGUGCGCUACCUGAUGCGGAUGCUGCAGGUGAGAAACUCUGUGAAGCUCAACGAUGGGGUGGUGCUCCAUGACACCACUACAGCCAACUUCCUGUCUGAAGGCAUCUUCUCAGACACCCACCUGUUGACGAUGAUGUACAUUGGGGAAAUGUGCUUCUGGGCAGUAAAGUACGAGGACUGCAGUGUUGAUACUAUGGAACGCAAGGAAGAUCGCCUCCAGUUCCGGGACAUUGGCACACAGAUCCUCAACAAAUAUGUGCUGGCCUGCGAGGGUCCUCUACAGGGCCAGGGUUGGAACACAGAGAAUGCCAAGGAGAUCCUUAGUAUCUUACAGUGAACCGAGCUGCUUCUGUGUUGAAGUUGCCCUCAGGCACAGAUCUAAGAUCAGCAUUUAAGUGUAUAUCAACCCCAAAUAAAAAUGGAGCUCAUCAGGUGGGGUGUAGUGUUGUUGGAGGGCUAAGGGGAGGAAUGGGUGAGGGGGGUAGUAAGUGAAAGCAGUCCUUGGGUCAGUGUCUUCAGGCAACCUCAUUCUAUGCCAAACGGCUCUGGCCAAAGCAGGUGCACGAAAGGCAAGAAGGUAUAAGAUAUGUGUUGUAAAAUUGGCAGGGGCAGAGGAAGAAGUUAUGAAAAUAUUUUUUUUUUUUGCCCUGAAAAGCACUUAUCUUCCAGAUUCCAGACUGUUGGUUGGGGCAUUUGUUUUGCUCUGAGAAUGUGGUAGAAUAACAUUAAUAUUACCAUGAAAAAGAAGGUUAUGAAGAAAAUAACAUUUUUUUAAGAUUGUUACAAGUUUAAUGAUAAUCCAGCUGGGAAUGAGACAUUGCACAGCAACUUUUUAUUUAUUGAUUUUUCCCAUUUUGUUAUGCUUUUGUUAAUAUUUUUUUUUUUAUUAAUUGCAUAUAUAUUCAGUAUAUAUGUGUGUGUGCGUGUGUGUAAAUAAUGCACACAAAGGUAAGAAGAGGAGUACAACUGAUUAUGGAGACUGAUGUAUUCAUGACUAUUUCAAGUAUGUACAGAUUUGUUCUUAAUAUCAGCUUUGUAAUGCAGCACUUGUUUUUUUUCUCCCCCCAUCUAUUGCAAAUUCCAUUUUUCUGCCACUCAAAUAACUUUGAUAGUAUAACUAUAAAUGGAGAAUCUGUGUUGGUGUUUGGAGGAAAACUCAUUUUCUGUUUUUUAUGUCCUCGUUGACAAUAAAUACGCACGUUGGUUUAAGAAAAA